AUGUGCGGGCAGGAACAGGAGCACCAGACCCUCAACUGUCUUCUGGCCAAGCAGCUGUGUGAUGAAGACUCCAACUGUUCUGCCAUCCUCAAAGUCAUCCCGACUCUCUGUGGCCCUGAACUAGUGGCUUGUUCUACGGUGACAGUGUCGAGGUGUCAGGCGGCACUGAGGACGUUGGUUCAGUUCCCAUGGUUCCAGCCAACUUGUCUCUGUAAGGAACCAAGACUCGACCCGCAGUGUAAUAUCUUCAGGGACCUCGUCUUCGACCACCCCGCGUCUUCGUCACCAGGAGAGUGUCUUAAGAGAUCCCCAGAAGUGGACAUGCACCCUCUGAAACACAUCCCUACCUGUGGAGAGGCUGCUGAGAUCUGCAGAGAUAACCCUUGGUGUAAACAGAGGCUGGACAUGUUCCGUAGUACCUGCAAGUUCCGUGAUGGUCAUUGCCGUAAUCCAGACAGGGAGGACUGUAUGAAGUCGUGGCUGCAGCUGAGAGAGACGCCGCUACUGGGAUGUAUCUGUCCUGACGAUCACGACAAGAAGUGUUCCCGCCUCUACUCCCUGGUGAACGAGAACCCGUGUGUGGGGGAGAGUUACCCGGGGCGCGUGGCACUUAUGUCUCGGGUGAGUGCCGCCCUGAGCACUCAGCUCACCCGGCCGGUGCCAGUGCCAACAGGGGCUGCCACGCUCCUCAUCAUCUCCUCCUCCCACGCUGAUCCUCUCUACCCCCUCUCCACCAUCCACCACUACCUCCAGCACCUCCCGGCCUCCAGUACGUGCCUCCACAGUUCUGCCUCACCUGUCUCGCCAACACUACCACACCUUCCCACACCUGACUCAUCAACUUUACACAUUUGUCAUCAUCAUCACACCUGUGUCAUGAAUUUUACACCUGCUCUGGAGGCAGACCACAACGUCUCUCUGGAGCAGCUGAGGCACGUGGCCAGUACCUGUCACUCCUCCCUACAGGACUGCCUAGCUGAUUCUACCUGUCGAAGCCACCUGGAGCUGGUGACCAGACAGUGUGGUUCCGCCUACUGCCACAAGGACGCCUGCAGGAGCUCCAUCCAGGACAUCUACAAGUUCCUGAUGGAGAACAACCAAGACCUCGCCCUUAAGAUCGCCCUCUGCGUCUGUAGGGACUCGAGUAAACAUGGCGAGACGGAGUGUAUGAGGGCACAGCGACGCCUUCACCCACCCUGUGCUCAGAUGUCGGAGUCGGUGUCAGCUCGUCAGUGUCAUAACCUUGGUCGUGACUGUAGGAGUGACCGUGUCUGUAGGUACAGGCUGGAGCACUACGAACUGUCGUGUGCAGCGGACACUAUGACAGGGAGGUGUGCGGGCCAACAUCAGGAGUGUACCAAGGCCAUGCUUAGCCUGCUGGGUACUGACCUGCACACCAACUGUGUGUGUAAGGGAAACUCCUUCCAGGACAUCAACCAGUGCCUCGCCUGGAAGCGUCUCCUCUGGGGCAACCCUUGUGUAGUGGAGUCUCAGCUCUCUUACCACCUGAUGCGCCUGGGUAGCAGCGCCGACGAGUUGAUGUCCUCCUUCACCGUCGACCACCAUGACCAGGUCGACCAGCACCAGGGAGAGAAGGACCCGGCGCCCCAGUACGCAGUAGGUCGUGGGGACAACUACAACCACGACGACAACGGAUACGACCCAGUAGACGACCAGAAGGAUGCAGACGCCGAGCUGAUGCAGGUGGACGGCACACGAUUACAGGCGAGGAAGGUAGCGAGCACCGCCCAGAGUGACCACACCCUCCCUCAGGCUGCUCCUGCCGCCCCGUCCUCCUCCACCACCACUACCACCACUACCACAACUACAACCACUACCAACCCGCCUACCACUACCACAUUACCGGAGAGGUACUGUGAGGUGACGGGGUCUUGGGACUUCAAGUCGCACAUCAUCGAGGAGGGAAGCAGCAUGAGGCUCUACAAGGAGGGAGACAGUGACUGCUCUGAGUUGUGCUUCUGUGAGCGCCAUGAGCAGACCAGGUGUAAGGUGUUGGCGUGUGUGGAGAACCGACCGUGUGAGACGAAUUAUGCCGUGUACAACCACAACGCCCCGGCCUACCAAGCUUACAGGGGCGAGUGUGUCUGUUACUCCGGGGACUUCAUCUGCCAGCGGCCCAGACAAGAGGAAUUCGAGUUACCGACGGGACUGUUCCUGCUGCUGGGGUUCAGCAAGACGGAGGAGGCGCUGCUGAGGAACGUGACGGGCGGCACCGCUAUCGAGGCUCUUGCUCCCCUGCAGGAGAUCUUCACCACCAUCUCUGCUAACAUGGGCGAGGAGUGUCGACUUGAGGUGUUUCAGUACACAAAUGGCAACUUGGUGCUUCAGGUGCGACACAUCCAGGUGUCUUCCAGCGUCACCAACAACACCUACACCCUCAAUAUGUUACAGGAGGAGAGGAACCGAUGCGACACGCCGAUCAGCAAGGUGGCGAAGAUGAUCAACCAUCGCUCAUCCAAGAUCCACCACGACGUGCGUCUCUCCCUCUUCGUGUUGGCUGAGGUUAUAGACACCGUUCCCAGCCUUCAGAGGAUCAGCGGUGGGCAAGCUUGUCCCCGCAGCGUGGGCGUGGGGGCGUGUUGGUGGGUGUGGGUGACGGGCGUGGCGCUGGUGUUAGUGGGGAGACUCCACACGACAGACUGGAGGGCGGCGAGUGUGUUGUGAUAAAGUAGUCAGUCUAAACCAUAAGAAAAUUGUAAAUAACAGACUUAAGACUAAAAUGGACAACUUUCAGUGUGUUUGUAAAUAAUGGAAACGGAUGAAAAAUAUUAUAUUAGAGUGUUUUUGACAAUUUUACUUGUUGUAUGCUAAGCCAUCACGUGUGAGUUUACUUUAAGCUAAAUAAAAGUAGAAGUUCAUUUUUUCCUGAUGGGUAGUGGUUCUUUGGUGGCCUACCUGGGUUGUGUGUGGGCGUUCGCGUGUCUCUCUCUCUCUGUUGUGCUUCUGCUGCUGAGAGAACGUAUAAAAACCUCCUCUGCGCAUGCGUCAGUGCUGAAGAUUACAUAACGCAUGGUGAGGAACUUCUGAUACUACUGGGAAACAGAACGCAUGAACUAAACUAACAAACAACAGCUCCCGACAGUGUUGAAGAAGUAACGCAAGACUCGAAUAAUAACAUCACUGCGCAUGCGUUAGAACUGAAGCCGUGAACCGGAAGUGGAAGUAAUGUCACUAUAGCUGGCUUACUAAAGGAACCACAAGUAUGUUUAGUUCCAUUAGAGUUAAAAAGGAAUAUUAUCUUGAAUUAAUAACAAAGGUAAGAUAACUCUACCUGGCUUAGGAUGAGGUAGUUCAGCUUAACCAAACCUGAGGGAAGAUUAAAAGUUUGUGAGGAUUUACUAGGAGAGAAACACGUCUUGUAGGAACACUUUAUCUCGAGACUUGUGACCAACUUCUGAACACGACAUUAAGCUGUUGGUAAGUGUCGCAUAGAGAGAGACUGGCUGCUGGUAACUGUGGUAUAGAGUGACUGUAGACUGUAACUGUUGGUGACUGUGGGUAUGAAGAGAGAAUGUGGCUGAUUGGUAACUGUGGUAUAGGGUGACUGUAGACUGUAACUGUUGGUGACUGUGGGUAUGAAGAGAGACUGUGGCUGUUGCUGUACCUCUGCCAUGGUUAUCAGUGGCUGUCAAUAAUGUCUCGUUUCAAUAGUCUUUACCAGAGUUACCGUAAGACUGUAGACAGCACCUCGGGUCAGCAUCAGAGUGUACACAGUGAACAGGUGUAAACAAUUCACCUGAACACAGUGAUGCCAACACACACAACCCAAGGACCAGAUUCCCAAAGGUUCCUACUUGAAAUUUCGUCACUGAGCCAAAAUGUCAUAGAAAUUACACUGAGACUCGACGCUUAACUUCCUUCCUCACUCUCAGCCCACGAGGACUCAUCAACUUAGGAAUCUUUGAGAAUCUGGCAUUGCGAAUUUAAUGUUCUUUGUCACUUAGAUAAAGUAGACUUUUUUGUGUUAGUUUUUUCUCAAUUGAAUGUUAUCGUGAUAUUUUUGAAGUCCUUGAUAUUGUAUAAAGUUAUCGUAUAAAUAUUAUCAUUUUCAAGUUCUCUAUAAUGUGCAAGAUGGUGUUUUAAGUGUGUGUGUGUGUGUGUGUGUUGGUGCUAUAUCUAGUUAAGUGACUCUUCUGUUUCUGUUAAUAAUGAACUACGGGAGAAUAUAACACUUAUCACACGUGUUUGUUAGCGGCGCUGAACCACAAGUUGUACAAAAAAUAAAACACGUUGAUUUUUUUUUGUUAUGUUGUGAGGAGAAAAGGUACAGUAGUUAAGAGAGAAUGUGAUAAACUAAAUGAAUUUUCUUAUCUAUUUCUAUGAUGUACUGUACACUCGGGGUCAGAAGUUUGCUCCCCCUAAGUGAAGCAGUGUCGACCCCUUGAUGAGAUGGAACAACACACCCACAUCAAUACGACUAUCAGGGUGAAUCAGUUCGGAGUGCUCAUUCCCGCGACUCAGUUUCACCCACAGGAAGCGAAACUUUUGACCGCGAUUGUAGAACUGUAGACAGAUGUAUGUAGACGAUGCUCAUAAUUUACAUAUUAAAAAAACACUAAAAUAUAUAUAUAUACAGUAUAUACAUUUAUCUUAUUUUCUGAGGAUCACGUCUGAGCACAUUGACUUAUUUCAAACAGUUGCCGUAGUUUCAAAGUUCACAAAACUGUAAUUUUGUCUUAUAUAACACUACAGUAACUUUACCUCUGUGUGUGUGUGUGUGUGUGUGUGAAGUGCUCGACAUGUUCUUAGUUUCCGAUACAAAUAUCCACGACACAAAAAAAAGUUAUUCACAAAAUAGUUACAUAUAUAGAGUUUAAAUACUUUAUUUUAUCGAAGUUAAAAUAAAUAUAUCAAAAUCUAAAUGUGUUGAACUUAUACACUUGUUCAUUUUGGUUAAAGUUGAACUGAAUAUAACAAGUUACAUUAUCA